AGCGCCGUAAGGUUUUUUCCUCAGAACACCGGCGCCAGACACAGAGAUGAGCGCGGGGCUCGGGCUGCGGCUGCUGCUGCUGGUGGUCGGGGCGCUGGGGCUCCAGGGGGCCCCUGAGGACGAGGAGACCCGCCAGAUCUACCUGCAGUUUAACCCCGGCUCCUCCAGCUCCGCGGUGAACUUGCUGCACGCCCGGGCGGUGGGGAACGGCAGCACCAUCCACUACGUGUGGAGCACCAUCGGGGCCCCCACCGUGCUGCUGAUCUAUACCGAGAGCGAGCACAGCCACCUGCGGGUCAACUGGACCAAACUGCUGUCGCCGGAGCCGUCCGGAGCCAUCGCCAUGGAGCCCGCGGACAGCGUGCUGUACUCCACCGCCCUCACCUUCACCAGGAUAUUCGAAUAUAAAGACGUGAACAACACGGCCGACUUCUCCGGCACCUCAGACAGGUAUUUCUACCCCCCCUACGACCUGUCCAGCUUUACCUGGGACAACGCCAACGACACCGUGAACUCCACCGCCUUCUCAUUCCGCCUGAGCGGCGUCCAAGCGUCCGACCCCACGGGGAGCUUCAGGAAUGGAAGUGUCAGCUUCAGGAUAUCUGCCUACGAGCGGCCCGGGCGGGACGCCUCCUCCCCCCGCCUCCUCCACACCGCCAACUGCACCAAGCUGGAGUUCCUGAUCUCAGGGGUCCAGCCUCGGGGGAACCACUCUCGGUUUGCUCUGGAGAUGGUCACACUAGAGAAGAAGUCAGGACGCAAAAAAGUGCGGUCUGUCCGCUCCAUAGAUGAUGAGUACACCCCCACGAUAUUUGAGGUGAUGGAGCUGCUGCCUGAUGCCCCCAAUGCCAGCCACGCUCAUGGCUAUUUACAGUGGAAGUCUGUGGCGUACGGCUCCGUGAGCGGCACCAGGUCGGACUCCCUCCCGUGUAUUGUACACAAACCUCAGGACAUGAACGAGACGCUGACUGUGCCCAGCAUCAUCCAGGCCUUCUACGGGGAGCAGCCGAGCCACCACUACAACAUGGAGGCUCUCAACGUGUCCUUCGGGAUCGCAGACGGCGACUUCUAUGAUAAAAACAAAUACCUAGCAUGGUCGGCGCUGGUUGGCUACGGCACGCCCCCUCGGGACUCUUUCUCCAUCUUGGUCAUCAGUAUAGUGGCGGUGGCGCUGGGGACGCCCUUUUUGCUGCUGAUUGUGGGAGCCAUCAUCGUCUCACUCAUGAAAAAACAAGUUUUUUCCAACUAUGAUCCCAUAAACUAGGGGCCGGCCAAGGACCACUCCUCCAUCAUUUGCACAUACUGACACUGAGAGCAAUACCUGGGGUUUGCAGGCUCCAGUUCAGGGUCCUACGGUCCAGAUGGCACAAGAGGCUGCUCCAUCUGCUGAAUGCACACAUGGCCGCCAUUCCUGAGCCCCUGCACCGCUAUCAGCCUAGUCGGCCAAUGGUGACCCUUCAGGUUUCCACCUUGAUUUUUCCACUUGGUCAUUUGAGCAACCAAUCAGAAUUCUGCUUUCAUUUUCUUAAUUACUUUGGUUGGUUGCCUUGGAGACCAUCUGUUUACACGGCGACCUGUGUUGUAUGAGACUUGCUGCUUUUGAAUUCCGAAUCUCAUCAUUCUCAGUGCUGGGCCCUGUAUCAUGUCUUCACAUCCAAAGCUGCACCCACAAUUCUACUGGUAUGCCUCUACCUAUCAUUUUGCUGCAGUUGAUAUUGACCGCUGCCCCCUGCUGGUUGAGCGCCUGCACAGGCCAUGUUGUAUUGCAGUCAGGUUCAGACUCAGGUUCAGCCUCGUCUUGAUCGGUUGCCAGCAGCUGAAUGUUCAGUGCAGUUUUGGAUGUGACUAGAGUAGCAGAAAUGCAACUCAGGAUCAAUACAUAUGUAAAGAAAACUGGGUCACAUGACUUUCCAGCCUUCUGAUUGGCUGAGCCGAUCGCUCGGGUUUCCACGUUGAGGUUAUUUUUUUGUCUUUGCUGCAAUUGUUUCUUUUCUAUUUUUGUGUCCUUUUUACUUGAAUUUUUGCUGUUUUUUGACCCCUGGAUGAUUUUGUGUUCUAAUAUUUUGUUUUCAAUAAAAGGUCGAGUUUGUAA